GUGCUGUAGCUACCAGAGCAAGGGAAGGACAUGAGGAUUCAAGAUGGCGAAGGACCUGGACGAGCUCUUGGAUGAGGUCGAGUCCAAGUUUUGCAGACCAGACCCACUGAGACUGGGUAUGGUCGAACGGCCCAGAGGCGGAGGCGGUGGCGGUGGCAUCCUCAGCAACGACCGGAACCCAGCCGAGGCGGAAGAGAAUCUCAGAUCAACAGAAACAUUUAAAAAAGAACAUGAUCUUGACAGUCUUAUUAACGAAAUAUUUGAAGAGCCCAACUUUGACAAAAAAUGCUUUAAAUUAAAAUCUAAAUCUUCAGGUAACACAUCUGUCAGAGCUUCCAUUCAAGGCCCUGGUAAGAGCUGCAGCCCAGUAUACCUUGGUGGAAGCGCUGUUCCAUGUGGGGUUGGGACAAAUACUUCACAGAGAAAGAAAUUUUGGUUCCAGAAUGGAAGAUGGAUUGGAAGUUGGAGGGACAAGACAGGAGAGAACACAGGGAGACCAGUCAACAGGCAAGCAUGUGACCAUCUGCGUUGUAUAGCCUGUGAUUUCUGGGUAGUAAGCUGCGAUGACUAUGGGUGGGACAAAUCAUGUGAUUACCUGUUUUUCAGGAACAAUAUGCCAGAAUUCCACAAAUUAAAAACAAAGUUGGUAAAGAAGAAAGGAACACGGGCAUACGCCUGCCAGUGCAGCUGGAGAACCAUUGAAGAGCUGACUGACCUUCAGACGGAUCAUCACCUUCGCUGGGUUUGCGGUAAACACUGAGAACGCAGACUUUCCACAUUCAGACAAAUGCAUCCAUGAGAACAGUCUCUAUUAACUGUCACAAUAUUUAGGUAAAGGUACAUAGUAUCAUGCCCUUUGGAAAAGACAGGAAAUUUCAUUUAAUGGCUGUAUAAAUUUUCAAAGACCAAAUGGACUUGGGAAGAUAAUGUGCUUUAAUGUUUUGGAAUUAUUCCUUUUUGAUAUAUGGACAUUUCACUUAGGAAGUAAGGUAACAAGUUAUCCAAAUACUUCUUUGCUAGCCUGUCCCCUGUUAAAUAGAAAUUUCAUUGUGGAGUUUCAUACAAAUGUAUAGCCAUUCAGUAGCAACUGCAGUGUUACUGACUGCUAGUAUACUUAGCAUAAACAUUCCUCUUUAUAGCAGUUAAAAGGGAUAAAGCUGGCCCUGCAGAGAGGUCAUUGAGGGGUGUACACAUCACCUCUUCCAGUCAAAUCUGUUGUUAGCAAAGAUCAUAAUUUAGACAUGUCAGAAACCAUGUGAUCAGUGGCUAAUUGAAGGGUUUUCGGGAAUAUAGGUAUAUUGUAGGUGAAAACACUGCCUGUAUCUGAUCUAACUUCACCAAUUCAAAGCAAUACUAUGCACAGUAGUAAGUAUAUAUUACCAGUUUUAGCUUAUUUCUCCUCCUUUUGUUCAUUUAGAUACCAGAAGUUAUUUAGUUUGCUCUUUUAACAAGUAUCCAUUUCUAUAUAAAAGUGGUUUUUUUUGAUGCACCUAAAAGUACAAGGAAAAAUCCUAAUACAGACAGGUCAUUUUUGGAUUUUCCAAGUACCUUCUUGCCUUUAAUGCCCUAAAACUCCAUUAAGUAAAGAGAACAGCAAGUAAAAUAUAUUCUCAGGCAGCCUGUAGAUUUUUCUGGUAGGAUCAGGUUGACAUACUGUUUAUUGGUGAGUACAUGAAAAAAGAAAGCAUAGCUGAACCAACAGGUAGCCUGUUGGGCUCCUUCUUAAUAUGACUAAGACUUGAGGAGCCCUACAGUAGCAGCACAUUCAGAAGAUCGGUUACCUCAAAAUUACCAGCUCGCAGCCCCAUCAAGAGAUUCCAAUUUGCCAGCAGCUCUUUACCGCCUGUGUCUAAUAUAUUGUUCAAAUGCGUGACACAGGCUUGCUGAAAGCGAGGAACUGAAGCAAAGUUAUGAUCUGCGUAGUCUUAUACUGAAUCUGUUCCAGCCAUUUUACUCAGGCAAAGAAAGAUCUGGUCAUUAAACUCCUUCUCCUAACCGUGACACAUUUGCAUAUGUGUAUCACUUGCUCCAGUAAGUCUAGUAUUCCAACAGGAUAAAUCUCAUUGUGGCAGAUGCUCACAUUUUUUGUAUUAAGAAUAUGUUUACCAAUCUUAUCUUUCAAUAAAAAUUUUUUACCCCCUGAA